CUUCCUCUUUCUCCACUGAGAAUUCAGACGUGUUUGCCCACUGGGAACUGUCGUCAGAUAACGCUGGAAGGAAGGGAGCGUCAUGCGAAGACAGCGACAAGUGCGUUUUUUGUGUCUGUUGUAAAUGUUGUGCAACGCGAUCCAUCUCGGCAGAGCAUUUGAUGCAAGCUGAGAAACAAAGCAGCACCAAACUUGCUCAGCGCCGAAAUAAGAAGACUCGGUCAGCUCAACGUCACCGCGUUCCCACCGCUUUCUUUUACGCUCAAAACUACAAUAAAUGAAACUUUAGAAGGAAUUUCUGCACUGUAUCUUUUUUAAUUACUGUGUUGCAUAUCUGACUAUCAUAUAUCUCGAUCGCUGCUGGAUCUUAAGCCUUUAACUGUUUCUAACCAAAUAUACUCGCUGUUAAUGCUGGAGUGUCCUUGACGGAACUGAGCGCUCCUAACUUGGAUUUUUGCAACGCUGCCAACGUCUAUAAUUACAUUUUCAGAUAGUUUUGAGUCGUUACGCUGUGUUUUUUUAAACCAAAAAAUUGGAUUUCAUUCGUAAAUUGGACCCUUGUUCAGUUGCUGUGGUCAUUUAGAAGCUGCCUCUGUUAACAUUUGUCUGCCUAUUGUGAACUGCAGCGUACGUAUUAAAAAAAAAAAAAAAAGAAAAGAAAAGAAAACCCGCUCGUAACCGAUGACUGCUCUCAACAGAAGCCAUUUUUAAGUCUUUGAGUUACAGCCAUUGAACACAAGCUGCUCAACCUGGUCUGGGCUGCAACAUUUUUAGCACGUUUUUUUCUCUCUAUUGUUUUCAAAUCCGUUACAAUGACUUUUUGUGCGUCUGGCUCUGGGCGCGGUGGCUCUGCCGUGGCUCGGGUUUUCCUCACCACCUAUGUGUUAGUGCUGGCGCUUUCGGUGGGCUGGGCUGAAGCUGAGCAGGCCACGCCGACCGGGGAGAGCCCACCGGCGGUCACUCUCCGUACUCUCAUCAUCGGAACCUGCCAGGAGAUCCAGCGGUACGCGGAAACAGUGGUGGGAAGCCGUGUGAUCCGGUCAGCUGCUGAGCGUGCAGUGUUGUUUCUUGAGUCAUUGCUUGGUCAGGAGAACAUCCAUACAGUGGCCAUGUUUUUUGAGAUGGUGAUCCGAUUCCUCGCUGAAGGAGCUGCAAGCGGCCUUAACGUCAUCGCUGUUUAUGUCACCGAGAUCCUCAGGGUCACAGGAUUUGAUGUUACACUGACGUUGCCCCGCUUUACUCCGGAGGGUGUUGCCGCCAUUGCCCAGUGGGGUCUGGUGGCCCUGAUUGGCUACUGGGUGUUAACAAUCGUUCUCCGUCUGCUGAUUGGCGUGCUGAGGCAGGUGUUCUGGGUGGUGAAAACCGUCUUGGCGCUAUGGCUUUUUGGACUGAUCGUGAGUGACAAGCAUGCCACUGCAGACAUCACGGCGGUUCGACUGGGCGGCUUGGUCCUGGGAUGCGUCCUGCUGACUCUGCUCACAUGUCCCUCUGAAAAGACUUGCGCAGUGGAGAACCGGCUGAGCUCCUUGGAGGGCCGGGUGAAGGUAGUAGAGAAGAAGAAGGGAGUAGUGAGCGGAGAGGUUGCAGGGAAAGGAGUUAAGAUGGACAAAGGGGAUGGUAAUGUUGGUUAAAAAACAGAAACAUUGAUGGUUGGUAUGUGUGUCAAACUAUUACGGGAAAUAAAGUAAUCUCUGGGAUUUUUAAUCAGAAAUGUUGUCUUUGUUUGAGGAAAAAAACUAAAAUGAUUAAACCACAUGGGCUAUUCUGUAAAUAACAGCAAUCAUAAAGGCAGUAAAAGGCUAGUGUGCGCAGUGGAUCAGAUAAUUGCAAAAGUCAGAUCGUAAACUGUACUCUUACUAUAUUGUCUUCUCCACAGUUCCACAGUUGCACACAAAUAAAAAUCAAGGCAACAUUUGA